AGACAGGAGCGCUUCAGUGACUGCUCAGCCUUGCUGGAUCUGGAGAGAAAGGACCGGAGGAUGUUGGAGCGGCGAAUGGCGGAGCUGGAGGAGGAGCUAAAGGUUCUGGUUGACCUGAGAGCAGACAACCAGCGUCUCAAAGAUGAAAAUGGAGCACUGAUCCGUGUCAUCAGCAAACUCUCCAAAUAGACGGAGAAAGAGAGAGAGAGAGAGACACACGAAGAGCAGGGAACCCCCUCCCUCCUUCCCUCCAUCCAUCCCUCCCUCCCUCCUUCCACACAUUCCUCCCAGUGCCAAAGAGCGAGCGAGAGGAGGGGGGGGAGCAGCAGAAUGUCCUACGUACAUGAACACCACAGCUUGACUUGGAUUGUGAUGCCUCUCUGUGAACAGCUGGAGUGGCUUUUGUGUGCCUUUUUUAAUGCCCGUUUGUCACAGGAAGACCUAUGGCAUGAAGGCCUGUGGCUACGGUCGGAGGCUCCCACAGUAGCAACAUGAGACUUGACAACAACAGCCAGAAUGCCCACGGCUGGUGCAACACACGAAAACACAACAUCUACCACGACUGUGCAUCGGGGGAACACUAACAUGCACACACAUUCCUAUGCGUGCAUCACAUACUUCCUCGACGCACAUUCCACGAGCGCACGAGGCAGCUUGGGCCUUAAAGCUCCCACUUUUAGUAUUUAUUGUUUUUGUGAACACACUCACGUCACACAUUCACGAAUUAACCCCACUCACAGUUCAAAUGUUAGGUGUUGUCAAGCAGUGAAGGUUUUGGUGUAGUUCUUUAAAAAGAAAACAACAGCAACAAAAAAAAAAAAACCCAGCUCUGAAAUCAGGCUCUGUCUUUACGUUCAGCAACGUCCUGACAACAGGGGGAAGUCCACGAAGCUCUGUUGGGUUGUUUUGUUUCCACAUGCAAGUGUUUGAACCCACCUACCUCUCCACCUAUGCACUUCCCCACAUCCAUUUUUAUGUUUUGUGACCACAGACACACUCCAUGCUCUUAAAAGAAAAAAUGACCACAGAACCAGGUCAGUCGACCACAGCACUUUACUCUGCAAAGCAAUAGAAGAUCUGCGAGGCUUUGCCCGUCCUCCAGACAGACAAACUUAUUUCAGAGCAGCACCUUCUCACUUAGUAAGUGAAGGGAAAAGUUAGCCCAUAGCUAAGGUCAAAGGUCAUUGCACAAUUAUAGAAAUUGCUGUUCUGUUAAAGCCUCUUAUGAUACGAAUGGUUUUAAUUAUUACCAUUGAUAAAAGAUAUUAUUUUCAUAGUUUUUCAUUGUCAAUUCCUCUCUUGCAAGGGAGCAUGGUUAUGUAUAUUAUCUGUGUAUAAAUAUUAGUCUUGAAUAAUACCCUUUUGAAGUCAAAUUCCAUGUAGCCUUUCUUCACAUGUUGGUUUUCUAAUAUAUUGAAUGGAUGUCUGCACCCUAAUAAAAAAAAAGCUGUGUUUGUA